AUGUCUCCGUGUCCUGCCCCCGAAAACAAACGCUACCUUAGUACUGAGGCUUGUCAAAAGCUAGUGGAACCAGUGACGUAUGAAGAGGUUCUAGUUAACAGGUUCAGACCUUUCCUGUCAGAGAUCAUUGGUCCUUUGCAAGGAGGGUUCAUUCCAGGAAGAGGAACCACAGAGAAUAUUAUCAUUGCUCAGGAGAUUAUGCACUUCAUGAGGAAUACCAAGUCUCAAAAAGGGACCAUGGCAUUUAAGAUUGAUUUGGAAAAAGCUUAUAACAGGGUAGGAUGGCAUUUUUUGGAAGCUACUUUGGUCCGGUUUGGGUUUUCAAAGGCUACCAUUAAUCUUAUAUUGAAUUGUGUGACUUCCUCUUCGUUGGCAGUUUUGUGGAAUAGGAACAGGCUCCAAAAUUUCAAUCCAAAGAGAGGGUUGAGGCAAGGAUAUCCCAUGUCUCCUUAUCUAUUUGUACUCUGUAUGGAAAUGCUUGCCUGCUUUAUCUCUCAUAGAGUUUUCCAAGGUUUGUGGAACCCGGUAGCGGUUUCUAGGAACGGACCACGACUCUCUCAUUUGAUAUUUGCAGAUGAUCUUUUGCUUUUCUAUAAGGCAUCUAAAGCUCAAGUAAUAGAGGUUAAGCAUUGCCUAGACUUGUUUUCUAGAGCGUCAGGUUUGAAGGUAAAUCUUCAUAAGUCAAAGGCCCAGUGUUCCAAGAGGGUGUCGGAGAGGAGGAAAGAGGUUCUCUCAAGGGUCUCUAACAUCCGGUUCUGUAAUUAUUUGGGUAAAUACCUGAGAAAUAACAUCGGUCAUGCCAGAGCUUCCAGGAAGACGGCUCAGGAGUUCUUGUGGAAAGGCCAUGCAACUGGCAAAGGGCUGCUUCCUGGUCAGGUUCUGAAGCAUAAAUAUAUCAAGAAUCAAUCUAGUAUGAACGGAAAUAGUAGAAAUUCUUCAUCGGCUACCUGGAAGAACAUUGUUAGUGCCUAUGAGCAUCUUUCAAGGAAGGGUUUCAUUGGAAUAAUGGGGAUGUCCACAAAUCAGUUUGAUUUCAUAGUGGCUGACUUGUGGAAAGGGGUGUCUUGGGAGGCUGAUAGUCUUACCACGUCUAUUAUGCAUGAGAUUAAGCAGUUUAUUUGUGGUAUGAGAUAUCUUAGUUUGACUGAGUUAGAGCCACAGUGGGAGUGGUGGCCUGUAGCAACAAAAAAGUAUAGUACAAGGGAGGGUUAUAGAUGGUUAUUAGAGAAAACAUUAAAUUGGAAUGCCAAUAAUAACUGGAACUGGUUGUGGAAUACAAACAUUCCGGAGAAGUUCAAAUUUACUAUGUGGCUUGGCUUACAUGAUGCUCUACCAAUUGAGAUCUUUCGAUUCAAGCGGCAUUUAGCUUCUUUAGAUAUGUGUAAGAGAUGUAACAAGGCGCAGGAGACUAUGGAGCAUUGUCUUAGAGACUGUGAAUGA